GACAGCAGUAAGCGAAGAACACAGAUAUGGGCCCGGACGCUGAUGCGACGGAGGCCGUGACGCCGCCGUCGACGGCCGCGGGAUCCGCAUCGGUCCAAAAGCGUCCUGCCCCUGCAUCUGCAUCUGCCGAAGUGCAACGGUCCAAGAGGGCCAAGUACACCCCGGUCGCCUGCAACGAGUGUAAAAAGCGGAAGCUCAAGUGCAUCAAAGAGGACCAUCAGGCCGUGUGCCGACGAUGUCUCUCCAAUGGCGCCGAGUGUGUCUUCAUCCCCGGCCCGCAACAGACGCCGCUGAGAGAUCGCGAGGCCACUAAUGAGAGAGAUGAUUCCAUCAAUCCCUCACAGUACAAGAAACUGAGCGACGAGGUAGCAACUCUGCGAGAGCAAGUCGCCACUCUAACCUCGUCCCUCCGAGAGCUCACCGGAAAGAUUACACAAAUCAACACCCGGUCGCCAGCAGCCCUCAUCGGACCACAGCACCCGAGCCCUCUAUACACGAGCGAAUCCAACCGGAGACCCAGCGAACCGAGGGAGCCGCAAUUUGUCGGUCCUACUAGGUCGGCCUUCAGCCUUCGCAUCGCGGAAUCCUCUCUCUCCCGCGUGCACAUCCAGACCCGCGAUGCGUCGGCGACGAGUAGAUCCGCAUCACCGGCUGCUUCUGCGAGGGCUGUGUCCGAGACCUCGGAGCAUCCUGCCUCGCCAUCGUCGUCGCAGAAAGACCUUGAUUGCCUGUUGACGUUCGAAGCUGACGAACUUCUUCGGCUGCUUGAUGUCUAUCAGGAUGAUGUUGAGUCUGUGUACCCAUUUACCAAUAUGAACGAUGUCUCUGCGAACUUGCCGUAUAUUCUCGACUUUGUCAGGACCCAGCAGAACCCACUGGCUGGGGAAGACUUGGUCGCCACCGGUGAUCGAGCCAAGAUCGAGCUCAAGGACGUCCAGAUUGUGAAGGUAGCGAUUGCGACGUCGAUAGUAAUGGAAGCUCAAGGGCAGAAUGCCAUAAGUACGAAGCUGGUUGAUGCGGUGGAGCCAAUCGUGUGCCGUGUCUCUGGGGAAGCCUUCAUUGAUCUGAAAGAGCUCCAGAUCAUGACCAUGCUGAGUAUCUACUGGUUCCACUGCGGCGAGGAGUUGCUAGCAUGGAGAUCGAUUGGUAUCUCUGGACGAGAAGUCCUGGAAAUCGGUCUUCAUCGCCGCGCCAUACUUCUCGAGAACUUUAAAGAUCCCAAGGAAAGGGACUGGGCCCUGCGGUGCUUCUGGUGUGUGUAUGUACUAGAUCGCCGAUGGAGCUUCGGCACGAGUCUGUCUUUCGGCCUCAUCGAUCGCGACAUCGACCCCGAGUUGCCGGAGCCGGGAGACGAGUAUCCGUACCUGAGAUGCAUGGUUGCCUACGGGAGGCUUUGUUCCAAAGUCUGGGAGGCACUGCCGCCCUUCGAGUCACCGUCGCAGUUUAUCCCCAAGGAUACAGUGGCGUUCCUCGACUUCAUGACGCUGAACUGGCUCAACGCGAUACCAGAAGAUCUGCAGCUUCGGCACCCAAGGCUUGGUCUUGCUCCCAGGAUCCAGCCACGCAGCGUGCAUCGCCUCCGUACCCUGCUCUACCUGCGAGGAAACCACAUGCGCACGCUCAUCCACCGCCACCACGUCCUCAGCACCGCCGGUAUCAAAGCAGACAUGCAGAGCGCGAAGCUCGUCACUGAGAUUGCCCUCGACACGAUACAAGUACUUGUCCACUUGAACGAGACGAGCGACAUCUACGCGCGGCAGCAGCACGCUUUCAACUACUUCCUGAUGAGUGCCUUGGCGGUGAUCCUCCUAGCUGUGUGUCACGCACCAGGUGUCUUUACAGAGCCUUGCAAGGAGAAGUUUCUGAAAGCUGUACAGCUGGUCAAGGGGUUCUCUCGUCACGGGCAUGCUAGUCGGAGGCUAUGGAAGACGAUUCGAGGUCUCAUGCCUAGCAUCAAGUCGUUGGGUCUGCGCAGCGAUCCUGAGAAGGGUGAUGCCCCCCAACCUGUAGAGAACGGAGAGACGGAACAGAAUGAAAACCACGCCAACGGAUUGGAGCAGACUGUCGGUCAAAGCGAGCGCGACGGGAGGCGGACGGAAGCCACGCGGGAUGUGUAUGAGUCUGGGCCACCGACGGCAAGCUCUAUGCCAGACAUGUUCAACAUGGGUAAUGAUCUUAUGAACCUCUUCGAUGCGUUUGGGCAUGCGAAUGCUGGGCAUCCGGCGCCGUCGGACUUUCCUGUUGGGUUCUUUGAAGGGAACGAUCAGGGGAUGUCACUAGGGGAUCCGGAGGAGAUUUCACGACGAUUUCAGGAGUUGAUUUGAUACACAAUCCGAAGAGACCUAAGUUUUCAUCAUUUUCAUCUAUCCAAACUCCAAC